UUCUGCCCGGCUUCUCAGUCCGGUGACGACGAUGAUGCGCUGACCUCGUGUGUCGCAUACGCCGACUACCUCAAAGUUAGUGAAGCCUCUAGCUCGUGUUUUGCUUUGUUGAUCCUCGCUGUUGUUUGAUUUUUGCCUCUGGUGUGUAUUAACUCUCAAUCGUGCCUUGUGAUAAAUAAUUGCGUAGGGACGAGAUCUCUUUUGUGUGCGAUACGAUCACAGCUUUUAAUUUUGUCCGGAGUCUCACGCAUAAUAUACCGAUGCGCAUCAGGUGAUACGGCAUCGCAGAAUACAGGAGAGCCGAUCGAAAUAAUAUUCGAGCAAGCCAACGUCGUUAACGAAGAGCGAAGAUGCGGAAGUUUAUUGCCCUCUUGACAAUCGCCGGCCUCUUGGGCUCGAGUUGCGCCGAUUUCGAGGGUCGACCGCACAUCAUCGUCUUCAUGGCCGACGACUUGGGCUGGAACGACGUGGGCUUCCACGGCGCGACGCAGAUCCCCACGCCGAACAUCGACGCUCUCGGCUACAACGGAAUCAUCCUCAACAAGCACUACGUCCUGCCCUCAUGUUCGCCCACGCGGGCGGCUUUUCUCACUGGGAAAUAUCCCAUCAGGAUGGGGAUGCAAGGCGCCGGUAUCGCAGGUGGAGAACCACGAGGACUGCCCGUACACGUGCAAACGUUGCCCGAGUACUUGCAGGGGCUGGGUUACGAGACGAAUCUCAUUGGAAAGUGGCACGUGGGCUACCACACGCCCAAACACCUUCCCAAUCGACGAGGUUUCGACUACUUCUACGGCUUCUACAACAGCCACAUUGGUUACUACGAUUACCGAUACAGUCAAGGAAACAUGAGCGGCUUCGACAUGCACAUAAACGGAGAGACGGCUUACGGCACCGAUGGCGUGUACGCGACCGAUCGCUUUACCCAAGCGGCUAUCGACGUUAUUUACCGACACGAUCUCGAAAGUCCGAUGUAUCUGCAAGUGUCGCAUCUGGCCCCACACGCGCCCAUGGACGUUCCCUUCGAAGACAAUCCCUACGACGACGAGUUUAGACACAUCAGUGAACCCAAACGGCGAGCUUACGCAAAGAUGGUAGCCAGGCUGGACGACUCGUUGGGACGAAUAGUCUCGUCACUGGGCGACAGGGGAAUGCUAAAGAAUUCCGUCAUCGUCUUCAUGAGCGACAACGGCGGAGCUACGAUCGGCAAGUUCCGCAACUGGGCAUCCAACUGGCCACUCAGAGGGACAAAGUACACGCUGUUCGAGGGCGGAGUGCGCAGCGUGGCCGCGAUGUGGUCGCCGAAGUUGCUGAGCAAAGGUCGCGUCUCGGAGCAGCUGUUCCACGUGACCGACUGGCUUCCGACCUUGUUCCAGGUCGCAGGUGGCGACAUGAGGGAUCUCGGACCGAUCGACGGCGUCAGCCAGUGGGACGUGCUGAGUAUCGGUACCGGUAAUGUGCGCGACAAGAUACUACUCAACAUCGACGAGUACACCCAAACCGAGGCCGCGAUAGACAAGCGGUUCAAAAUCGUCAGAGGUAAAAAUCGUUUUCGGCAUUAUAAGAAAACAGCAUAUAAUAACCAAAGUAUACAAUAUAAUACCGUGUAUGUUUCAGGCUCGCUUUACCACGGCUACUACGACAACGUGGAAGGCGAAAUCGGUCGAGGUCACAAGAACCCGAUGUACAACACGAGCAGGAUCCUGAAGUCCGCCGUGUCCGAUGCUAUACGCGAACACCUCGGCGUGCCGGUCACCCAAGAGAGCGUCAUGUGGGAGCUACAGAGACAGGCGACCGUACUUUGCCGACCUAACAUGACCAACAUGCAGUACACGAGCAGAUACACCCUGCCAUCCUGCAAUCAGACCGCUUGUCUCUUCGAUCUCGGCAUCGAUCCUUGCGAGACCAACAAUGUCGCCAAGAGUUAUCCAGCGCAACUGCAAGAGCUGGAGCUCUUCCUCGACAAGUACAGCAACCUCCUGACGCGACAGAUCAGGAUGCCGGUGGACUACAUGGCAGACCCCCGUCGCUGGAACUACACGUGGCAGCCGUGGCUCAUAAUGGAGGAUUACGAAUACACGAACGCCGCAGCUGCACUGGGAACACUUGCGGUUUGCGCUCAUCUGGGUCUGUUGUUCAUCAUCGUGGGACUACGAGCCUUUAUUUGACUUCAGGAUCACCCGGAGGUUGCCCGCCGAAUACGGUGUUGCAGUGUCGAGGCCAACCCGGAGUCGAGCCGUCGCGUCGAGGAACAAUCGAGGGAUCAACCUCGCUGAACAAAGAUAUAAUUAUAAGCGAUAGAGGCUUACACUUGUUUGAAAAACUGUCGUCACUUGUGUAGAGGAGGAAAAGACGACACAGUUAUGUAAUCCGUCCCGUGAUUAGGUUUAAGGAAUUUUACGCUCUCUAUAUGAUUGUGCGGUAAAUGUAAAAAAAAACCUUCAGGGGCUUAUAAAGAACAGUGUGUUUAGAGGUUUGUCGCCGCAUUUAACAGCCACGUGCUGAAAUAAAAAUAUUAUAUUUAUGAUUCAAAAUUAGACUAGAUGUAUUCGGUUUCGAUAAGAGAGCAAACACGAUCUUCCUUGGCCUGUUUUUUUUUUUAAUUCGCACGCAUGGCCCCUAAAUGCUACUGUUUUUACUAUAUGGCUACUUUUGAGGUAGAACGUAUAAUAGAAGUUUUUUCUAAUGCGUGUAGUUUACAGUCAGUGUUGUAUAGGAUAAGUUAAGUCCAAUAAAAAUGCAUGCAAAAUUAUAGUUUUUAGAAACCAAAAUAACGUCGUGCUUGUAACAUUGGCAUGAAAUUCUUCGGAGUCGAUCAAAUUUUUUGCAAGAUUUCUGAUCGUAUUAAUUUAUUAAGUUAUGCUUUAAAAUUUAGCUUUAAAUGUAUAAAUUUGUAGCUCUGGAAUAUCUUUACGAAUUACUUAUAUUCUAGCCUUUUUUAGAACAAUUUUUUACAGUGCGUUCGGGUCACUAUUGUUUGCGUUUAUACCAUGUAAGUUUAUAUAGUUUCAUUGCUUGUUUAUGAGUGGCAGAAAAAAUCACAAUUUAUCAUGUUUAGAUUUUUGAGAUUCCCAUACUCAAGACAAAUAUAUGAUUCUUGAAUUUUUAACGCAAGUAACAGUUAAUUUGUUAGAACUCUUGCACAUUUGAUUUAGCUUUAUCAAAUAAAAAGACAUAGCAUUUAGUAACAAGUGUACAUUUCUUGUAUUAUUAUUUUAUAUUUGUUUAAUAAAAACAUGUAUAUUAUUCCGAA